AUGACCACUCCUUAUGUUGCCCCAUACGGAGGGCUUCUUACCAAAACAUUGGACGACGAAAAGGAAAGAGAAGAAAAGUUGAAGGAACAACAAAUCAAUGUGACUGUGAAUGAUAAUCUCGAAACUUUGAGACCAGAGUCUAUCUUUAUCAAAGGUGUUGAUAAUCUCAGCACUGAUGAUUUGAAAUUCUUCAUUGACUACUAUUUGAAUUUUGAAACAAUCACUAAACAUGACGAUGAAGGUAAUGAGCUUCUUGAGUAUGUUGCUAAACCAAUUAAUGAUCAAUUAACCUUCAAAAUUCAAUGGAUUAACGAUACUUCAAUUAACGUUGUUUUCAAAACUCACGAAGAAGCUUUUAAAGCAUUAUCGGCAAUUUCGAUUUCUUCAAAUCCUAACGAGAAUCAAACUAUUUCACCACCUAGUGAAUUCACUAGUGAAUAUAUUGCCGAUAUCAUACAGGAACGGGAAACAAAGCCAUAUAAUCCCACAAUUCAAUUUCGUAAGAAACAAAAUUUAUUGAAUAGGUUAAACUCUAGUGAAGAGAAACCUGAAAACGUUGAGGAUGAGUUGAAGAUGGACGAAGACGAAUCGGCAAUUGUCUUAUAUACUAGACAAUCUUUGCAAAAUGAUCGUAAAGUUAAAAAUGCUAGUGCUUAUUCAAGAUAUUAUUUAUUACAUGGAGAACCAGAAAGAAAGCCAAAACGCUUUAAUGAUAGACAACGUCAGCAGCGUGGGAACCGUCGUCGUCAAUCAAAUGAUGAAGAUUUGUUUGCCAAUAAAAUAGGAGGAAAUAGACGUGCUAGAGAUGAUGAAGACGAUUUAUUUGCUGAUAAAUUAAGAAAUAGAGAUAGGUCACCCGGUAGAGAGCAAACAAGAGCUAGAUCAAGAUCUCCAAUGAGAGAUUAUUGAUAUGUAUUAAAUGUUUUAUACAAAAAAAGAAAAGAUCAUUAUGUAACAUAGAUUAUUCUAAUAAAUGCAAAUCGAU